AUGGCGGCUAUUGGCAGAAAUGCGUCAGGGGGCAUUGUGGAGGACAGAACAACGCUAGACGCAUUGACUGCCAAUUAUUCGCCUCAGUACAGCUCGUUCCAGGAGAUAAAUGGGGAUGGUGACCUGUCCGCUCUUGUUUUUCUUGGAAUGCCGGCAAGACUGGAACAAAGUGUCAUGACACAAGGGAAGUCACAGAAGAGCGGAGGCUGCUGUCACUCUGAUAUUUGUGGCAUGAGACACAAGAUGCAUUUCGUGUGGAUAUUUAUCUUGACGCUGAUGGCGGCUGGGGUGACGCCAACUAAUGGGACUCCGGAAUCAUGGGGCUUCUCACAGAUAUUGUCUCAUUUGACAUUACUCAACCUGCAGCUGAUUGGGUGGAUGUGCCCAUGGUAUGUUCGCAGGAGCUCAGGUUCGGACGGGGUUCGGUUCGAACCUGAGCUCAUCCCCACAGGAUCACCAUUUAUUUUUUUUGGCAUUUGUAGCACACCUCCUAAGGAGCUGCAGAGAAAAGUGACCGGUGUUGACCAAGUAAGGAAAAACGCCCUUCACUGCACAGAGUGUGAAUGGGCCCUGAAUGUUGACCGGCUCACCACAUCUGCUGGAAUGCCAGUGUCAGAGUAUAUUCUGGAUGUGGAGAUCAGCAUUCCUGACCCCGCGCUGGCUGUCCUGAUAAAAGAUUACCUAACCAAAGAACUGUCAUUACCCUUGUCUCUGGGCACUGGAGAUACUAAUAUCACACGUAUCAACGUGACCACAUCUUGUAACCAGACAGGAUCAAAUGUGCAGUGUUCCUGUGAAAGCGGGUAUCAGUGGUCAUCCGAUGUGUGUUCAACGUACACUCAAUGCCCCGGUGCCAGUGCCUGCAGCUGCAUCACGGGCACAUCAUUUCCUCCCCAGUACUGCCAGGCUCUAACAGUCAAUAUAAACCUGAGCCUCAAGCUCGUGAAUGAAUUUACACCCGACUUACAGGACCAAAAUUCAGCCAAAUACAAACAGUACAAACACUUCUUGGAGAAUCAGUUUAAUACGACUUACAGAGUGCUUUCUGGCUUCAAGUCGGCAACGAUUACCGGUUUCAGACCUGGGAGCGUCAUUGUUGACUACACCGUGGUCGCAGAGCCUACCACACCGGAUGCGAUAAACGCUGCCAAUCAAGCUGUGAUAUCAGACCUAUCCGGCACCAACUAUACAGCCGCUUCUGUUAGCACAGUGGUCCCGGGCUGGGGCAGCAUCAGUGUGAGUCCAAGCGGUAUCUUCCUCAAUGACACAGUGAACCUAACAUGUAGAGUCAAUGUCUCCGCUUUCAGUGAUGUUUCCUGGUACAUAAAUGACUCAGAGAAGAUAUCAAACACUUCAAACUGGUCAUAUUCUAUAACCAGCUUUGCCGGUGGCCUCCAGUCUGUCCUAAAGAUAGAGAAAGCAUCAGUUAAUAAUUCUGGCACCUACCGGUGUGAUGUAGAUGUAAAUACCAACACUUAUACAGCAGAGACAACAAUACAAAUUUGGACUUUGGAGAUAAAUAAGUUGAACUCAAAUGUCAACUGUGACAGCAGCAAUGUUCCAGUCAUGCAGUGCUGCACUAAAGAUGGGAACGUGACAUUCAAUCUCACCUGCCAGAAAACUAGCGGAAACAUUGACGGAUUCACAGUCUGGGAAUCCUCCUUACCGUGCCAAACUUACACCAUUGCGGCAAAUUCUCAGCAGUGCUCCUCGACAAAGACCGCUGACUACAGGUGUACCUGUAAAACAUAUAAUGGAGCUCUUCUCAGCCAGGACAUUACAAUAACCUAUCAAAUCCCUCCACCUACAAUUCAUGCCAACAUCACCGCCAGCGCGGAUCGGAUUUCCGAAUGGAACAGCCUCAGUUUAACGUGUAAAUGUGACACUAUCAACGUGCAGAGUAUGGCCUGGAAUUUAAUCAGAAAUGACCAGUCCGCCAACAUUAGUACUGCAAACUAUAUAUCUAAUCUGACUAACUGUACUUCUGUCCUGACAAUCCCAAGCAAUAGCUUGUCAGUGAACUGGGAUGGAAUUUUUAUUUGCCAAGUAAAUGGAAACAAUACAGCAAACAAGACAAUUUCUGUGUUCAGAAGGGCCAAAACGUCCGAGAUUGCCAGAUCUCCGGUUAACAUAGGAUUCAGUUGCAAAUCUGCAAUCGACUUUUCAUGCUGCGUGGAUGACAUGAAAAACUAUCAUUCUGAUGCCACCGUGUUACACAUCUACAAGUCAGGAAACCUCACCAAUAUCAUUGCAGCAUGCACCAAGUUGCUUCCUAAUACAAGCCUCAACAUUGGAGAAGUGGGGAAAGACUACACCAUUCCCUGUAAUCAGCUAUAUCCCGAUCAGGAGGGCAACAUCAUUUACAGAUGCAAUACAAACGGCGAGUGGGAGAGGAUGACCGAUACGUGUGUGUCUAAAGCUCUCAACAACCUGAACACUAUGGUUGAGGGUCUGAGUUCCAGUCCCGUCCUGUACCUGGAAGUUCCCAAAAUCAUUUCUUCCUUAAAUAACACUGUAAGUCAAGAUCAAAAUAUAACCAACUCCGUGAAUAACAUUCAGCUUGUGCUGAACAUAUUGCAGCAGACGGGAAGUGCUGUUAGAAACGUGUCAACACCAGUUAUGGCGGCUUUCCUAGACACUGUCAGUGUUGUUGUGGACAACACAAGGACAUCCACUUGGGACAGGAUUCCAAAUAAAGUCAAUGAGAGUUCAAAUCUGAUGCAGUCAGUAGAAUCAUUUGCAGAGAAGCUGAAAAUUGAGGACGACGGAAUUACUAUAGAUAGCAAAAACGUCCAGUUAAAAGGCAACAAAACGGGCAGCUCGUCAUCUAAUUUUAGGGCCAAUUUUGAUUUCAGCCAAGUGAACAAUUUGACGGGCAACGUUUUGAUCAACCAAACAAUCCUGAAGUCACUUCCGAACAACACAAAUGUGGUGAGCCUUGCCUACGCCACCUUAAACGAUAUCAUAGGUGUCCCUCAUAACUCUUCCUCCAAUCAGACCCUGAACGGUCUGGUCAUGACGACAGUUUUGUCAAACAACUACACCAAAUUCGAAAUCGGGAUGGAUUUUAAAAAAAGUAAUUCUUCGCUGAAUAUUGGGAGCUGCGUGUGGUGGAACUUUAAGAUCCAAGACUGGGAUAAUUCCGGCUGCUCUUUCCAGAACUACAGUGAAAGUGUACGUUGUGUUUGCGAUCACUUGACGUCCUUCUCUAUUCUUAUGUCAUUGAAGGAAUUAGACCCCGAGAUUGAGAAAAUAUUAUCCUACAUUACAUUCAUUGGUGUGGGUAUCUCCAUGCUUAGUCUGCUCAUCUGCAUCAUAGUUGAAGCCAUAGUCUGGAAGUCCGUCACCAAGAACAAGACCUCCUACCUGCGCCACGUCUGUAUCAUAAACAUCGCCGUGACUCUUUUGAUGGCCGAUAUCUGGUUCAUCAUCGGCGCAGCUAUGAAUACGACAGAUAAAGUCCAAGGCUGCAUCACGGCGACUUUUUUCACGCAUCUCUUUUACCUGUGCGUCUUCUUCUGGAUGUUGACGAUGGGACUGAUCCUGUUCUACCGCCUGAUGUGCGUCUUCCACGACCUGAGCAAGACGACCAUGAUGGGAAUUUCAUUCUUCCUGGGAUACGGAUGCCCUGUUAUUAUUACAGUGAUCACCGUGGCAGUCACCCAACCUCAGAACGCCUACCUUAUGCCCAAGAGCUGUUGGCUGAAUAUUGAAAAAAGCAAAGCAUUCCUGGCAUUUAUAGUACCGGCCCUCACCAUCCUAUUGGUGAAUUUUGUUACCCUGGUGGUGGUAAUUAUCAAGGUCCUCAGACCUUCAGUGGGGGAUAGGCCUAAAAAAGAAGAAAAGAGCUCCCUAAACCACAUCGCCAAAUGUAUACUUAUCCUAACGCCGCUGCUCGGCCUGACCUGGGGCCUUGGCAUCGGGACAAUGGUGAGCCAGUCACCUGUCAUCCAUGGAUUUUUUGCAGGAUUGAAUUCACUUCAGGGCUUAUUUAUUUUGCUGUUUGGAUGUCUGAUGGAUAAAAAGGUACGGGAUGCCUUGUUCAGCAGGUUCUCCAUCUCCAGAUGGUCUUCACAGCAGACAAAGACUUCCAAUCUCAGCUCUACAGAUCCUGUCGCACCAAAAGGAGUUUUCAAUUUGUUUGCCAAGAAGGGAGCAUACAAUAUUUCUUCAGCUCAGGUGAACUCAUCCGACCUGGCUUCAUCAAACUCCUACUCCCUGCUCACCUGACAAUAAAGGGACGUUGCAGCUGAACCCUUUUUGCCUAUCUCUGGAUGCGUUCCAGUGCGUUUUGUCGAGUCUGCUGUAUGCACUUUAUUCCGCAACUGUCAUUUCUCUCUUCCAGUGCAUUUCAAUGCAGUCAAGCUGUCUCCGAACCAUCACCACUAUCAUCUGAUCUCACAGACUGGUUACUCUUCAUGUUAUAGUGUCACAUGUUAUAUAUACAAUAUGGCUGCCUCUUUCCAUCCAGCAAUAUAUACUU